GUGGCUGCACGUGGCAGCUCGGCUUGCGCUGGCGAUGGGCUCCGAGCCGGCGGCCAGCGCCGCGGUGACCCUGAUGACCGGCGUGUCGGGCAAGGCGCACGGCGAGCGCCGCUGCCUGACGCUCUUCGACACCGAGGCCCGGCCGUUCGCCUUCGAUCGCGUGCGGGCGAUCCUUCACACCGACGAGACAGCGGCCAUGGUGAAGAAACUGCAAGCCCAGUUCCGAGACUACCUCCGCAAGUUCGCUGACAACGCAACUUUCGGAGGGCGCACUGUGCAGGAACGUCUCAGCAGUAGGGUCGACUCAAUUGGGGUGCUGUUCAUGUACCCGUUCAGCGACUACACCGAUGCGGAAGUGGGCCAGUAUCCCCUCACCAGACUGGUGUUCACGCCGGUGAGCGUGCCACAGAACGCUUCGUUCUGGGAGCACCUUCGUUUGGUCAAGGAGGCCAUGUUUGAAGUGGGCAUGCGCGACGACUACAACAACUACAAUCUCUCAUUUCAACACUUCAGCCCGUUCGAGUAUGAACCCUACUUUGCUUGGCACACUGGAACACUGUAUAUACCGCCGCUUUUCUACCAGAAGUUAUCGACCAUGACAGACGCCAAGGACGAGGAGGGCAUGUAA